UUUGAUUUGCGCAUGGGGCCAACUUGUGUCGUCGUAAUUCAAAUUAUACCCAUUUUUAAAUUAAAUUGACAUAGGUUAAUCCUAGAAACCAUUGUCUUUAUUAACAGACAAAAUAUUAAUGUGACAAAGUAGUAUGUAUUGCAGAUUUACCAUUUAUAUGAUUGAUCAUUUGAGGCAACAAGCAUGGUGAAUGUUCUCAAGGGGAUGCUCAUUGAGUGUGACCCUGCUAUGAAACAGUUCUUGUUGCAUCUGGAUGAGACUUCUGCUCUGGGGAGGCGAUUCAUUCUUCAAGACCUGGAUGCCACACACUUGUUCAUCUCCAGUGAUAUCUAUGAUACUCUUCAGGCGCGGAUCGACGAUCUGAUGGACCAGAUCAGCUUCCCGCUGGUGGAGAAAUAGACUGACCGCUACCGAGCCCGUCACAGCCGGACAAAUAGACUGGCCGCUACCGAGUCCGUCACAGCCGGAGAAAUAGACUGGCCGCUACCGAGCCCGUCACAGCCGGACAAAUAGACUGGCCGCUACCGAGUCCGUCACAGCCGGAGAAAUAGACUGGCCGCUACCGAGCCCGUCACAGCCGGAGAAAUAGACUGGCCACUACCGAGCCCGUCACAGCCGGAGAAAUAGACUGGCCGCUACCUGCCCGUUACAGUCGGAGAAAUAGACUGGCCGCUACCGAGCCCGUCACAGCCGGAGAAAUAGACUGGCCGCUACCGAGCCGGUCACAGCCGGCAGCGGUGGAUCGCUGUGAACCGUCAGUGAACCGCUGUGGACAGUCCGCCGGCCGCCGCGGACCCGUGUGAACCCCUGUAAAACUCUCGGUGGAUCGCUGUGAACCCCCAGCCGGCCGCCAUGGGCUCCCGCGUGCGCGCCGCCUCCUAUGUGGUGCUGGACGAGGCAGCCCGCCGCCGCCGCCAGCGGAAGGCGCUCGAGGCGCUCGAGCUGGACAACUUUCACGACGACCCGCAUGCCAACCUGGUCAUGCAUAAAAAGGCGCCCAAGUUCGAUGAAUCGCUCGACGGCAAAACGCGACCGGACAGGAAACGCAAGGCCCGCAGCUUUGAGUACUUUAAGCAGAGGUUCCGUAAGACGUUCUCCUCGCUGCUGGAGGAGGAGCAGCAGCUGGAGCCGGACCCGCCCAACUACACGUCGGCGGCAGCGCGGCCGAGCGCGCGGCCCGAGCGCCACCUGUGCGCAGUCUGCGGCUUCCCCAGCACCUACACGUGCGUGCAGUGCGGCACGCGCUACUGCAGCGCGCGCUGUCUGCAUACCCAUCAGGACACGCGCUGUCUCAAAUGGACCUCCUGAGGCCCGGGCGGGCACAGUUGGCGUGCUGGUGAAGGGUGGCGCCAGGUAGUGAUGUGUGCUGGAUGGGCGCCUUGGAGGACCGGAGCGCCUUGUCCUGGAACUUGGCGAUCGUGCUCAGCUCAGACGUGUGGUGAGCGAACGCGAGUGUCAUGGUCGAACGCACGCGAGUAGGGACAUUGAGGGGAUGCGGCUCGUGUUGAUGAACAUUGGUCGGUGGAUUGCAUGCGAGAGUAUCGCGGGGAGCCUGCGGCGGUAGAUGGUUUUCUGAUCCCUUUGUCGAUUGCUACGAGAUGCUAAUUUCGGAAAUGAAAGAAGCAGAGUGUCGUUGAAUGUCUGGCAUGUGUGUUCGAGAUGCUGCUGCCGGUUUACUAGUGCACCUGAUGAGGGUAUUCGUGAGCGGUAAAUACAUGCAUGGCGUAUUUUGUA